ACAGUGUAAAAUAAAUUGAACUACUUAAACUUGACAUUCUAUUAGCGUAGAGUAAAUUGAUUGGUUUCUCUUGGGUACUCUUCAUGUCCACCAUAACUAUAUUUACAACAUUAUUCCAAUGAUAUAGUUUAACCAACAUGUGCUAAUGAGUUUGAAUAUAAGCACUAAAUCAAUUUAAUAUUGAACAGCAAAAUAGCGAAUGAGAAGAACGCAAUUUGAAUUUUAUUUCGAAUUAGCAAUGAAACAAACGUUUUUCAGCGUUCAUUGAAUAUUUCCGUGUCAUUGUUUAUUCGGACAAAGAACAUUUUUAACAAGAUAUAAUAAGAGCAAUAAUUAGGUUGACGAAAUACUUUGUUUUGCUCACACAAAGAAAGUGGCAUUCAAUCAACUUGAACAGCUGCAUAGGAGCUGAUUACCGCAUGUUCAAUUUGAAACCACCAUCCAAACAAAGCCAUCAAUAUUUUUACAACGCAUCUAAGCAAAGAAAGCCAACUCAUUUGCCAUUAUAAAUUAAUCUUUGAUUUGUUGUCCUUUCGCUCUUGAGGUACUCAUGAGGUUACAAAAUAAAUAGAACUAGUGGAUCGGAAAAGAAAUAGCAACGAUAGAUUGGCAUUGACAUUGGCUCAUGACUUUGAACAAAUAAGAACUGUUUCGAAUCUAAAUGCAAAACACACGGUUAUACGUGUGGAGUGCGCGGCGAAUUUCAUUAUAUGUGAUGUGAUACGUUCUACUAAACGUGUCCAAAUUCAAUCCCACUGAAUUAUAUAUAUAUAUUAUACAUGUAUGAGUAUGAUGUCUAAUAUUACGAUUCCCAAUUGAGUUUGAAAAUUUUCCAUCGAAAUGUUGCCGAUGAUUAACCCUCUAAUGCAUACAACCACCUUUAGACGGGGAACAUUUAAACGUCUGUAUAACGUAAACCGUUCGUUGGAUCACAUUGCUUCAAAAAGGAUUUUUGUUCUUCAAGGUGUCCUCUAUAGUUUUGUCAUUUGCACUAUUAGUCUACAUUACGCGGUUGUCGUUUUAUAAACAAGAAUGUGCGCGAAAACAGAAAUUUUACCAAAACAAUUAUUCCCUUCUCAAGUUAGACACAUUUUUGACACUUCUAAACAAUAGAUUUGAUUGUUCUAUGAUUAAUUUCUAUCGCAUUUCCUCACUAAACCACAAGGAAUCCAGGAUUAUGAAUAUAUUUUUUCAAUUAUAUAUGGCCAAAAAUUAACCAAGUACCAGUACUCCCAGCCCUGGGAAAAUUCAAUGAAUUAGAGGGUUAAAAAUCAUUGAAAAUUGCUAAAAAAAGACAUGAUUUCCACCAAUUCGCAUGCUUAUGUUAUUAUUUUUAACAACGUAACAACGUCUUCGUGCAAACUGUUCACGAAAAACAUGUGUGCUCAACCGCUUUUUCCUGACGUUUCAGUUCAAUACAAGCGCAUUCACAUUCGACCACUAACAUAGCUCAAUAGAAGACCUUUAUCUGUGUGCUGUUCGUUGAGCACGAGGCAUGUAUAUGUGUGCAAUCGCUGACAUUACACAUGUCAAGUGAAUUCCGACCGAAAAAAAAGAAAAAUGAAAAAGACAACAUUACAAAACUUGCACAUACUUGACAACGUAAAAUCAUUGAAAUAUUAUGAUUUAAAUUUUUCCACUGCAUAGACGAUUUAUUCGAAUUACUUUGUUCAUUACAAUUUGUUCCUCACAAAAAAAAAUCCAAGUAAAAGUGUUGACUCGUGUCCUUCACCAUUGAUUUUUUUAAAGAAAACCUUCAAAACUUAUCGGGCAUUGAUAGAGAAAGUUGUAGCAAGCCAUCACAAAACGGUCACUAGUCAUUUUCUUUCGGUCGGUGUUUGUCAUUGAAUUCUUCUGUAUUCAACACGUUGUAGUUUCUUUUUUGAGCAUUAUUCCGAGUGAGCAUUUUAUAGAUAGCAAGUCAAGUGCAAUUUUCCCCCAAAUUAUUUUAAUGUAUAUAACUACAUAAUUUCACCGUGUUCAUCUAACUUUUCAUUAUCAAUCAAGAGUGUGUUUCGGUUGAAAUCAAUCAGCUGAAGAAGUAUAUAAUAAAAAUUUUACGUUCACAUAAGUUUAAACUAAUCUUAGAAACGACCAAAAACAGACGUGUGCUUUGAUGCCUUUAAAUUGUUUUGCCUUUACAUUUUUGUUACAAAUCUAGAAAAGAAAAUUAUUACAAUAAAUUAAAUUACUAAUAGUUUAUUCAAUUGAUAAGUGGAUAUAAAUCGAGAGAUCAUGGAUUUUAAAUCGUUGGGAUGGAAAUUUUUGUCAAAGGAAACAUUUGGCGAUGGCGAACGUGUUAAUUACGUAAAUAAACCGCAUGUGAUCGCUAUGGUUGGAUUACCGGCACGUGGAAAAACGUAUAUAUCAAAAAAACUAGCCCGCUACUUAAAUUGGAUCGGUAUAUUUACAAAAGUAUACAAUUUAGGUGAGUAUCGACGCAAUGCUACAUCUGCUUACAAGAGUCAUGAAUUCUUUCGGCCGGAUAACCAAGCAGCAAUGGCCAUACGCACAGAAUGUGCUCUUCGUGCGUUGGAAGAUGCAUGCAAAUGGCUACAGGAAAAGGGGGAAGUUGCCGUUUUUGAUGCUACCAAUUCAACUGCUGAACGUCGAAAAAUGAUCCAUGAAAUUGUAGUCAACAAGUGGGGUUACAAGUUAUUUUUUGUUGAAUCCAUCUGUGAUGACCCUCAAAUUAUCGAACAGAACAUAAUGGAAGUAAAAGUCAGCAGUCCCGAUUACACAAAUAUGAACACGGAUGCGGUUCUAAGGGAUUUCUUAUUGCGUAUCGAGCAUUACCAGGAAAAGUAUCAACUACUCGACGAAAUCAUUGAAAAGGAGCUGUCAUAUAUGAAAAUUUAUAACACCGGCGAAAAAGUUGUGGUUCACAAACACGAAGGACAUAUCCAGUCUCGCAUCGUGUAUUACCUGAUGAAUAUUCAUAUAACGCCACGCACCAUCUAUUUGACCCGGCAUGGCGAGAGCGAACAUAAUUUGGCUGGGCUGAUUGGUGGUGAUUCCGAUCUUAGUCAUCGGGGCUAUUCAUAUGCAAAAUCAUUGGCAAAAUUCAUUGAUCAACAACAAAUCGAGGGUCUUCGUGUUUGGACUUCAAGACUUAAACGCGCAAUUCAAACGGUAGCUGAUGUUCCAGCACCACAGGAACGAUGGAAAGCUCUAAAUGAAAUUGACGCUGGUAUCUGUGAUGAAAUGAGUUAUGAUCAAAUCGCUGACAAAUUUCCACAAGAUUUUAAAUCGCGCGAUAUGAACAAAUUCUAUUACCGGUAUCCACGUGGUGAGAGCUAUGAAGAUUUAGUUGCUCGCCUCGAACCGGUCAUAAUGGAAUUGGAACGACAGGGAAAUGUUUUGGUUGUAUCACACCAAGCUGUACUUAGGUGCCUAUUAGCAUAUUUCUUAGAUAAACCUGCAGAGGAACUUCCAUAUCUCGAAGUGCCGUUACACACAAUUAUCAAGCUGACGCCUGUUGCAUAUGGGUGUAAAGUCGAACACAUCCCAUUGUCAAUUGAAGCGGUCGAUACGCAUCGACCAAAGCCAGAAGUUCCAGGAACAGUUGGUAUACUCGGUGCCACAAAUACAAUCAACAACGGUAUUGAAAGUUAGUGCGCAUCUUCUGCGCGUUCCGUGCAACAACAAAAAAAUAACAAAAACAAACAAUCAAUGAUGAUUUUGAUUAUUUUCUUAUUGCUAGUUAGUUUUCAUAAGUGAAAAACAUUCUUCAUUCAAUAAUAACAAUUUAGCUAGAUAAAUUUAAGCUUUCGAACCAAAAAAAAGAGAAAGAAAUGGAAUAGUAUUUUGAAGGAAAUCGACAUUUUGUACCUGUUUCCAAUGUUAAGAUGAUUUAAGUGCAAUGUAACUUCAUUUCAUUUUUAAUAGAAUUUUAACCAAAGUACAGUGGUUUUCAAAUGCCGCAGGCUGCUAAGUUUCCUUUUUACGACUGGUAUCACGUAAAUUUCUUAUGAAAAGAAAAAGUGAAAAUGAAUAGCCCUUCCAUUUUAUAAGAGGUUUCGAAUUCCUUUCGUUGUAAUAAUAAUUAUUCAUGCAUUUUUUUGCUGUUUUGUUUCUGUUUUCUUUUGGAAAUGAAAUGAAGAUAAUUUAUAUAUAAAUGGAAAAAUAAAUCAAAUAUUUCAACUGCAAA